CCUGUCUUGAUGCUACCCUUUUUUUUUUUUUUUGAUUGGUGCUUUCAGAUUGCUAAGAGUAUCAGCACAACAAAGAAGAGAGAGAGAGAGAACAAGACUUGGGGCUAAUUGCUGUUUACUAUAAAACUUUCAGGUUGUGUCAUCUGCACUUCACUGGCCUUAAUGAAAUAUACGGAUCAUCACUGCUGGGCUCCAGAGUGAACAUACUGAGUUAUGCUCUAGCAUGUUUCCAGUGUAGACUGCUUUUUAGAGUCUUCAACUGUGAAAAUUCACCAUCAAGACAUUUCCUCUCAUUAAGCUUCAGCUCGGUAAAGCUCCAAAUGUAUCCGUGAGUCUUUCUCAUCACUUCACUUAGUGGGUAUUAUGUUGACCCAAAUCUAAACUAAUUGGGACCCCGUCCUUACCUUUCCCUCCCAUCUCCCCUCCCCACGCCCUUUCCCAUCUCCGUCAUGACCAGUCUAAAGCGUUCUCAGACAGAGCGCUCAGUUGGUGGCUCGGUGCCGGCUACUGAUGAGUUCUAUACCCGCCGCCUGCGACUUCCCAAUGGAGGAGCACCACCACCUCGCAGCGAGAGUGCCCACAUCUCGUCUUCCUCAACCACUGGCACCAAUCCUGGUGUCCCCAAAAUGGGGGUUCGGGCUCGUGUGGCUGACUGGCCCCCAAGGAAAGAUGGGGGAGGAGGGGGCAUUUGGCAUAUCACUGUGGAAACAGACUCACCCAGUUCUACAAACACUACCAGCUCUUCAGGGUCAGGAAGUGGUGACAGAGAAAGACUUGGAGGUGGAGGAGGAGGAAUUGGUGGUAGUGGUGGAGGAGGGGCGUCGGCUGUCACAGCCCACAGCAAUCUGUCAGCCAAGCUGGGCCACCUGAUAAGCCCACAGGACUCCUCAAUGCUGCGCAACAUCCACAACACACUGAAGAGCAAGAUGCAAAGCAAGGGAAAGGACAAUCGUUUCCUGUCACCGGAUGGCUAUCUAGGUUCACCUCGUAAAGGCAUGAGACGCAUCCGGCAGCGCAGUAACAGUGACAUAACUAUCAGUGAGCUGGAUGGGGACGGCAAUGAGGGCUGGUCGUUCUCUGGGUGGACACCCAUGCAUCGUGAGUAUGGCAGCACUUCAUCCAUAGACAAACAUGGAGUGUCAGGAGAGAGCUUCUUUGACAUGCUAAAGGGAUACCAUUCCUCUGAGGCUCCUGAUCAGCGAAGCCCAGCUCCAGAGAAGUUAACAGAACUUCUUACUGUGGCUCCCAUUAAACAGACUGCCCUGGACCUGCCAGAUGGACCUUUAGGUCCAGCCAGAGGUAGUCCUGCUAGUCGGCUGAAGGAACGAGAGAAGCACUUAAAAAGAAGGUCAAAGUCGGAAACGGGAGGUGAGUCAAUAUUCCGUAAGCUGCGCAGUGUGAAGGUGGAAGGUGACACAUCAAGGGCUGGCUCAGAUGUUGAAGAUGGGGGAAAAGGAGAUGAAAGUGGUCCAUCUCCCAAACCAUGGGUGUGUCAAAAAGGUUUUGCUCAUUUUGAUGUCCAGUCUCUACUGUUUGACCUCAACGAGGCAGUCCAAAGCCGACAAUCUGGGGGCAAGCGCAAGAACACUACUACUGGUGCCUCAGCUGCUGCGGCCGCUUCUGCUUCAGCCUCAUCCUCCCUUUCCUCCAAUCAGAGUGGAGUAUAUGGAUCACCUUGUGGCUCACAAGAAGAGCUAAGCAAGGAAGGGACAGGAGGAGGACACAGCACCAACCCUGCCUUGGACCCCGGUGAUGACAAGAGCAAUGAUUUGGUUCUCAGCUGCCCUUGUUUCAGGAAUGAGAUUGGUGGAGAGGGUGAGAGGAACAUCUCUCCUGUGAAACAGCAGGGCAGCAUAGGGAGUGGUGGAAGCUCAAACAAUUCCUCUGGCAGUACAGAGGAGGGACCUUUGGAUGCUACACUUACUACCCAUUUUACCAAUGCUGGUGUAGCUGUGUUGGAGGCUCCCAAGGAUGGGCCAAGCCUACAUGCUGACAGAUCUAAACGAUACAUUGUGGAACAUGUUGACCUUGGUGCUUAUUACUACCGAAAGUACUUCUAUCUCAGAGAACACUGGAACUAUCUGGGAGUAGACGAGAACCUGGGACCAGUGGCAGUGAGUCUAAGGAGGGAGAAAUUGGAGGAACACAAAGAGCACGGCCAGCAGUACAACUACAGGGUCAUCUUCAGAACAAGUGAGCUGAAUACCUUGCGUGGUUCCAUCCUGGAAGAUGCAGUUCCUUCUACAUCUAAGCAUGGUCUAGGUCGAGGUUUGCCUCUAAAAGAAGUACUGGAGUACCUUGUGCCCGAGCUCAAUGUUCACUGCUUGCGCUUGGCACUCAACACACCUAAGGUCACUGAGCAGCUGAUGAAGCUGGAUGAGCAAGGGCUAAGUUUCCAGCGUAAGGUGGGGGUGAUGUACUGCAUGGCAGGCCAGAGCAGUGAAGAGGAAAUGUACAACAACGAAGCAGCUGGUCCUGCACUGGAAGAGUUCCUCCAUCUGCUCGGCGAGAGAGUUAGACUCAAAGGCUUCACCAAAUAUCGAGCUCAACUGGACACCAAGACUGACUCGACAGGCACCCACUCCUUAUAUACCACUUACAAGGAUUAUGAGAUCAUGUUUCAUGUGUCCACCAUGUUGCCCUACACACCCAACAAUAAGCAGCAGUUACUGAGGAAGCGUCAUAUUGGGAACGAUAUCAUCACAAUUGUGUUCCAGGAACCUGGGGCACUUCCUUUCACCCCAAAGAACAUUCGCUCACACUUCCAGCAUGUCUUUGUGAUUGUGCGUGCACAUAACCCUUGUUCCGACAGCAGCUCCUACAGCGUGGCGGUUACCCGUUCCAAAGAUGUGCCCUCUUUUGGCCCUCCUAUCCCAGAAGGUGUGACAUUCCCAAAGUCAUCUGUGUUCCGGGACUUCUUGCUGGCCAAAGUCAUCAAUGCAGAAAAUGCUGCCCACAAAUCACACAAGUUCCGGGCCAUGGCCACCCGAACUCGGCAGGAGUACCUGCGUGAUCUGGCUGAGCGCCACACCACCAGCACACCAAUUGACCCCUCUGGAAAGUUCCCUUUCAUCUCACUUGCCCACAAGAAGAAAGAGAAGAGCCGGCCGUAUGGAGGGGCUGAGUUGCGCAGUUAUGGGGCGGUGACCUGGCCAGUUCAUGCUGAGGAUCAUGGGAAUGGAGGAGAAUUGGAGGCCCUUCUGUCUAUUUCCAAUGACUUUCUCAUCCUGUUAGACCAAGAGGCCAAGGCUGUGGUGUUCAACUGUGCCACUAAGGAUGUGAUUGGCUGGACACUUAGUAGUCCUGCGUCUUUAAGGAUUUUCUAUGAGCGGGGAGAAAGUGUGUCUCUGAGGAGUAUCGGUAAUAACACAGAAGAUUUCAAAGAGGUGGUGAAACGUCUAGAGUUCCUCACUAAAGGAUGUGACACAUCAGAGAUGACGCUUCGUCGAAACGGCUUGGGUCAGCUCGGCUUUCAUGUGAAUUAUGAAGGCAUCGUGGCUGAGGUGGAGCCAUAUGGCUACGCCUGGCAAGCAGGGCUGCGACAAGGAAGCCGUUUGGUAGAAAUCUGCAAAGUUGCUGUAGCAACUCUGACUCAUGAGCAGAUGAUUGACCUCCUACGGACAUCAGUGUCAGUGCGUGUUGUUAUCAUCCCACCACAUGAUGAUGCCACUCCACGCAGGGGCUGUUCAGAGCUUUAUCGAAUGCCUGUGUCAGAAUACAAGGGCAGCAGCAGUGAUAGCGGCUCUUUUGAGUACAAGUUCCCCUUCCGCAGCAACAAUAACAAAUGGCAGAGGACAUCAAGUAGCCCUCAGCAGUCACUGACUGCUUCGCCACAGCCUCACACUCCCAACAGGGCCAUCAGCCUGGGCAGCUCAGUGGGAAAGACCCUGUCAGCUGAGAGGCUGGAGAGAGGUGCUGUCAUCCCACGCAGUGUUAGCAGUGAUGGCAGACCGUUAGACACCAAAAGGAUGUCUCCUGGCAGUGAGAGCUAUAGCCUGGCCUCCUCCCUGGCGUUAGGUAGAUCCCCUCACAACCGCAGCUCUCCCAGCAACCUUUCCUGUUCCAGUGAAGCAUCUGGAAGUUCUGCUCACUGGAGACAGAAGUCCAUGCCUGAGCAGUUUGCCAGCAACCGCCAUUCUCCAAUGUCUGCGGAGAGGCGAGAGGUUGGAGAGGGGGGAUCCAGUGGGAAAUCCACUCCCAAUUGGUCGAGAAUGGAGGAAGGUGGGGGAGCUGAACGAGGGUCAACAGAUGGUCCAGUCUCUAAGUCUGGUCAAAGCUACUCAGGAGCUCCCCGCAUACAGAGGCAGGAACAAGUCAUCCACCUAUCCCCGAAGAAGGGCAGCCAGUCGGAUGGCCCUUACUCUGGUCACUCUAGCAGCAACACUCUAUCCAGUACAGCUUCUAGUGGAGGCCACAGUGAUAGCGACAAAUGGUACGAAUUGGGGGCAGGUGGAGGCUCCAGUGGUGACCAGGGUGACACAGAGCCCAAUGGCCUGGGAGGAGGAGGUUACCUUCAGGGAGCGUCGGCCGACAGUGGUAUUGACACCAGCUCUUAUGGAGCCCCUCACCAUGUCCACCCCCAUUCUCAUCAUGGCAGCACCACCUCGCUGUUGGCCCCCAGUGGAGGCAGAGACAGCAGGGAGCGUUCAGCAUCUCCAUGGCAUAGUCCAACUGAGGGAGGCCGCAGGAUGCUUGAGAGGUCACCUGCUGCUGCUGAGUCUCCUGGCCCUCCAGCGGAAAGGAGCCUAGAAGGGACAGGUCGAAGUCCACCUACUCAUCUUCUCGUCAGAGACAGCAGCACCUACAGUCUGAGUGACACUGGAUCACACUCGAGUGCCAGGCACUCAGGCCACAGCUCUCCUAGAGAGGAGUCAUCCUCUUCAGCUACCUCCCCUUCAUCUCAGUCCUCAGCGUCCCCUGGACCCAAGAGCUUCUACCCCCGCCAGGGUGCUCAGUCCAAGUACUUGAUUGGCUGGAGGAAGCCCGGCUCCACCAUCAAUUCCGUGGACUUUGGAGACACACGCAAGAAAUCUCCAGGAGAAAGUGGAGUAGAUGUGGUUCCAACCCCAGCUGCCAGACCAUCUCUUAGAGACAUGCACUCACCCCAAUCUCAUGCAAAAUCUACUAUGGAGGAAGAUGUGAAGAGACAUAAUGCUCCAGAUAGUCCCCCACCGCCACGCAAACAUAAGGAAAAGCAUGGCCAGAAGUCACCACCAGGCCAGCCUCUCAGUCGCCGGCGCUCACUCCAUCGUACCCUAUCGGAUGAGAGCAUUUAUCGUGGCCAGCGCCUUCCCCCCCUAAGUGACUCAAUUCCUGAACCAGCACUCGGUGCUGAUGUUCUCUUUAGUUGCUCUACCCUUCCACGCUCACCCACCACCCGAGGUGUACCCCUGAGACGGCCUUCCUAUAAACUAGGAGUCAAACUCCACGGUGACCUUUCAGCAUCUGACACAUCACUGGUGGACUUGGUGGAGCGUCAUCGUGGACCUCUACCUCAGGAACUGAUGCCCCUUCCAUCUUCGGACAGGGAUAGUCCACUAGAAUGGACACACCUGGUGGAUGUGGCUAACACGUUUGAGAAUGAGAGAAACACACAAUAUGUCCAGAGGAGUUAUGUAUUUGGGGAUGCAAACCACCGAAGCAGUGGUGCCUCUAGUCCCCAACAACCCCACAUAGAACUGCAGCCUGUUCCAAUGUCACGGCCCUCAUCAAGUGAGGGUCACAUAGGACUGGAGAGGAAGGUGACUAAGCUAGAGGCCAUGGUGAAGAUGCUCCAGGAGGACCUGAAAAAGGAGAGAGAAGAAAAGCUGCGGCUUCAGACUCAAAUCAAGAGACUGUGGGAGGAUAACCAGAGACUGCAGGAGGAGUCCCAAACCUCGGCUGCUAAGCUCAAGAAAUUUACUGAGUGGGUCUUCAACACCAUUGACAUGAACUGACUCCCACCUGCACAUUUUAACUCGCACACAUACAUACACAAUACAUCAGCACACAGUCUAGAGACAUAUACAGAGGAGGGUCGACACUAACAAGAAAUUUGUGUAGAAAAUGGAGACUUGUUAAACUUUCUUAGCCUCAUGCUAAACUGGUCAACCAUAUUCCAUUGGAUUCAAACAUGAGUAAGUAAUACUGUCGACCAGGCUCAGCCUCCACAGACCCUCUGUUGAACUUCUGAGGAUAAAACUGGAUGUCACUCAUGUAAUCAUAAAAGAUUGACCUCUACUCUCCUGUGGGGCCGUGAGAGUCGUUGAAUUGAUCUUUUCCUCGUGACAAAGUCUUUUCUGCAAAAUUGCCAACUAGGAGGAAGCUCCUCUCCCCCCUUCACUUUCUGAAGAAGUCAACUUUGCCUCUUGCAGUUAUUCCAGAGGAGAACAUAAAUACUCCCCCUUCCUGCCAUCUUUCCUCAGUGGAUGUGCUUUUUUUGGGACUAUGUUUGGUCUUUUGCGUUUCUUUAUUGUUCGUUUUUCACCUACUUUUUUCAAAUGAUGCCCAGCUGCUCUGAAAGUCCUUUGUGCCAAAUCAAAACUACUGCAGCAAGGGGCUGCUGAGACGCCCAGGAGACAUAAAAGAAGAGAUCUCUGAAAUGCCACGCAAAGUCAGACAGGUACGCAGUCAAACCUAGUCCAGCCAGUAUGCGUUUUGCUGGAACACAAGCAAACACACAAUAAAUCUGAAGCCACAGCACUAGAGGACAAAGGAGGUUUUUAUUUUCUUCUCAUUUAAAUGGAGUAAAGAAUUUCAUCACCUGUGUUUUCUCUUCUCAAAAGCUGAAACCACUGAACAAUCACCGUGGCUGUUUGACCCACAGCCACCAAUAUGGUUAAAACCUGGAUUUGUUAAGUUUUUUUUCUUCUCCCCCCUUGUGUCUCAGAUGUGGAUUACAAGGUUCUUUCUACAGCACAAACCUUACAGAGGAGUAUAUUUAAAAGCCAUUGGCAAGUGGUGCCAUAGAACAGGACUGAUCCAGAGUGCUUUGGUCUAUCCUAAUUUUAUGUGUCUUAUAAGCAAUAGAAAGAAGUCAGGACUCUUGUCUUUCUAAAAAAAAAGGGGAAAGUUUUCUCUGGUAAGAAGCUUGAAGAGGGAGGAGAUGAUUUAGAGGGUAAACUUACCACAAGUCUCCGCUGCACAAGAGCCUGCAUCCUUCUCCACUGCACAUCAUGCUGUGGUGAAAAAGGAGGGUGAGGACUCCGCUCAUCAUCCCACUGCCUGGAACACAGAGAGCCAGCUGAGAAUACAUGACAGAGACUUUUGCGCAAGGGAACAGUUGGAGAGUCUUUUUUUCUGAUAGGUUAAUUUAUUUCCUUGUAUUAUAAUUCCAAUAAAUAAGUUGUUCUAUUCGUACAGUACAACUGACAUCAGUGUUUAGUUCCUCAAAACAGUCACUAGCUAUAUUAUUUAAAUGGUUUUUGUUCUUAAUUCUGGCUAAAGCCUGACUAUAUGCUUUUUAUUAUGUAUUAUGUUGUAUUUUGUGGUGCCCAAGCCUGCUGUUGUGUUGCUUUCAGUGCCCUCUAGUGGUGACCAGUGGAAAUGUCAUGAUUUGUAAAUGUGCUGCCAGUCACUAUGUAUUUUUCCAAUUCCUCUUCAGCAAUCUGACAGACAUAAAACGUGAGGCCACACAAACAUACAGAACAGCAAGAAUGAUCAGAAGCCAGCUUUGAGAGACAAUCAAAGAUCGAUUUUUGAUAAAAAGGAGCAGAUGUACCGUGUACUUGUAUGUGUGUGUGAGUGGCUGUUGCCAGUUCAUCGAACAUCUCUAGUUUUCCUCAGGUUCAGCUUUUGUUGGGAACAUUAGGAUAUUUUAACAAAAAAACAAAGCAGGUUCUUUAAAAACCAAACCCAUGAUAAUGAGAGGGAGCUACAGUAACAGUGGCAGUGUGUUUGUUGUCAUUGUGUGAAUGUACAUCAGUCUAUCCAGCUGUGCCUACAGUCACUUAUUUUGGUCAUUUACUCCCAGGCAGAGCAGGGACGUGCCUUUGAAACAGCACCUGGGAAACAGAUAAAAGGGAAAGGCUCUUCUUCAUCCUGAAAGAUAAGCACACCUGGUUCAGUAACAUGCACACACUCACCUGACACACUUCUUUUUAAUCAAGUUCAUGCUCACAGUUGUUGACUCGGUUGCAUUAAUGUUUAUUCCAUGGAAACUGCUGCGAGGCCUCAGCCUUUCUCUUGUCCAGAUGCAUAUUUUUACUGAAUACAAUCAGGCAGGCCAGCCUCUCGAUGCAGGGACGAGAGUAUGAGAAGUGAAUGGAAAUUGUUUGUGUGUGCGCCUUUGCUUUCAUUUACAUGCAUAUAUAUCAGAGGGAAUGGCUGCUGUAAUACAAGAAUGCUUGAAGAUGAUUUUCCCCAAGUUACAAUGCAACGUCCAACACAAGAAAACCACAGAGUUAUUUUCUCAACCAGGUAUUUGACAUGACAACGACAAAGUGUUGGGGUUCAUUUAGGUCACUUUAAAACUUUUAUAUGGGUGUAAGCCUUAAUUCUAUGUCUUUUGCUUUCCAAGCCUUUUGAUGACAAAAUAGUUCCAGGUUUUAAGUCACUUUAAAUCAAAUUUGCAUUGUAAAUUGAGGGAAUUAAUAUCCUGCAGCAUAUGGCACAAAUCACCCAGGUCUGAAUGUAAAGAUACGCCUAAAGCAAUGUGAUGUUUACUAUAACAUUUUCAUUCAGCUCUGUGGUUGUGAAGAAAAUUGAAUGUAGUCUUCAUGAAAGUAUUGGUUCUGUUUUAAGAAUCUCAUCGGUUUGUUUCGAUCGCAGUGACACCAACUGACAGUGUGUACCUGAUUUGAGUGUUUUAACAGUUUUACAAGCUGGCCAGUUGUGAAAAUUAGUCCAGUAGUCAUCCAGUAAUAUGAAAUCCUUCAAAUAUUCACAAAAGACGAGUCAUCAAUACACAAGUGUUCCAGAUCCAUGAAGUUUUGACUGUAAAUUGUUAAUUAUAGACACUGGUUUCCUGUCCAUAAGUAAGUUGAUGCUUAUCCAAUGACUAAAUUUCCUAUGGCAAUGUUUCAUAUUUUAUUGUACAUGGAAAGUGCUCUAGUUUUUGUAUUUCGAAUUAAGUAUGAGCAGAUGAUAAAGAGUGUAGUGCAGAUGUUUUGGUCACAUCUUUCAAAGUGUUCAUCAAGGUGGGUGUUAGAUUCAGCUGCCAACUUUUCUUCAAAGACAGAAACACACGUAUGCCAGUCCAGUCUUUCAGUUGUGAAUGUUGCGUUAUUUUACAGUGCAUAUAAGUUUUCUUUCCUUGGCUUUGUUUUGGUUGCUUGACCGAAGAAAAUUGGAAAUGGGAAUGUUCAGAUGUUCAAAUGUUCCAUUUUGUAAUAUCUUAUUUUUGAGAUCUUUUGCACAAUGUUUUAUAUAAAGGAUUGCAUUUACAGGUUUGGGGUAUAAGACAGGUGAAUUGAUCCUUUCCUGUGCAAUCUUGUCUAGAUAUUGCUCCGUAGUUUUCCUGCCAGUGCAGCUCCUAACAAACACAGGAAGGUGCUUGACUUUAUUCACUUCAAAAAAUGUGAAGCCUAUUUUUCCUUAAGCAUCACUGAUCAAACAAGAGCAGGCUGGAUGGAGUUUGCACCGUAGGGAUGCUGGUUUUCAGUCACGCACAGCUUGCGAGGUCAGUGAUUGCAGCAAGGGCGGAAGGUUUCACAAAGCUCAGAGAUGCAGCCUGCACUGCUGUGUCCUGAUCAGUUUUAUUUCCUCCUGUGGGAAGAGCAAACUAAACAGGAAGGUGAUCAACUCUGACUAGAGAUAAAGCUCACAAUUUGAAGAGGACCAUACGUUUUACAGAAUUGAAAGUACUGUUUACAUCCCAGAUCCAUUGUCUUUGUAAAAUGUAAAGGUAUGAAAAAGGAAUUUGCAGUGAUCACAGUAUUAAAGUUUCUGAAAUAAAUAAAUGCCAUAUUGA